UGUUGGUUUUACAGUAAGUCGGUACUCAGAAAUCGAUAUAGCGGUCGAACUCCAAGUUUACGACUAGGGCUGCGGAGCCUCUUCUGAAGUUCUGAUCGUACACGACCUGCGUUUCAUAGUCGUCGUCCUCCACGGUUUUGGUCUUUGCAGAAGAGAGGCGGAAUCGGAAUCGGACUGGUAGGGUUAGGGCUUUGCAGGGUUAAAGGCUUUUCAACCCUGCCCGACUAUCGAAGCUGAUGCAAUAUGAGUUCGUUCUCCAUCACGCGGAAGAAGACUCCCUUCCAAAAGCACAGAGAGGAGGAAGAGGCAAAGAAAAAGAGAGCGGAGGAGGAAACAGCUCGCUUAUAUAAGGAGUUUGUAGAUUCCUUUCAAGGGGAUAACGCACCUGGGUCGAAGGCUUUUGUGCGAGGAGGAACAAUCAAUCCCAAUGAGAAGGUGAAGGCGGAUGCUGAAGGUGAAAAGUCCAAAGAUGGGGUAUCUGUUCCAAAGAAGGGGAGUAGGUAUGUUCCAUACUUACCAACACCUUCUUUGCCAUCCAAAGGGAAAGAAUCUGAGAAGAAGAGGGAGGAGGAGAAGCCGAGGGAGAAAGAAAAAUUGAAGCCUCGAGAAAUAGAUAAAUAUAUGGAGGAGAGGAAGCAGGAUUACGAGAUGAGGGAUAAGCGAAAUCAAGAGCGUGAACAUUGGCGUGAUGGGCGACCAAUUGAGAAUUCUGCACCAUCCAGUCGCUUUGAUGAACUCCCUGAUGAAUUUGAUCCAAGUGGAAAGCUUCUUGGAUCAUUUGAUGAUGGUGAUCCACAAACUACUAAUCUUUAUGUUGGAAAUCUUUCACCAAAGGUUGACGAAAAUUUUCUUUUGCGAACUUUUGGGAGGUUUGGGCCAAUUGCCAGUGUGAAAAUAAUGUGGCCUAGGACAGAAGAGGAGCGAAGGCGUCAAAGAAAUUGUGGCUUUGUAGCUUUCAUGAAUAGAGCUGAUGGACAGGCCGCGAAGGAUGAAAUGCAAGGAGUGGUGGUUUAUGAAUAUGAGUUGAAGAUUGGGUGGGGCAAGUCUGUCGCUCUACCAUCACAAGCACUACCUGCUCCCCCUCCAGGACAUAUGGCCAUCAGGAGUAAGGAGGGAGCAACUGUAAUCUUGUCUGGCCCAUCAGGCCCGCCUGUCACUUCUGUUCCCAGUCAGAAUUCUGAACUGGUUCUUACUCCAAAUGUUCCUGAUAUAACGGUUGUUCCACCCGAGGAUGAUCACCUCCGCCAUGUGGUUGAUACAAUGGCUUUGUAUGUACUGGAUGGUGGAUGUGCCUUUGAACAAGCUAUUAUGGAGAGAGGCAGAGGGAAUCCUCUUUUCACGUUCUUGUUUGAGCUUGGCUCGAAAGAGCACACUUACUAUGUUUGGAGGCUCUAUUCAUUUGCUCAGGGUGAUACACUACAAAGGUGGCGAACAGAACCUUUCAUUAUGAUUACUGGUAGUGGAAGAUGGAUUCCACCACCUCUUCCCACAGUAAAGAGCCCAGAACAUGGGAAAGAGGCUGGUACCACAUAUGCUGCAGGAAGAAGCAGGCGUGUAGAGCCAGAACGAACACUUACAGAUUCGCAGAGGGAUGAGUUUGAGGAUAUAAACAACCUUUUUUUUAAAGUGACAGCAAUCCCAAACUAG